AAGGAUGUAGGUAUAGAACGGUCAAAUCAAGAAUGUACGACAGAGCUGAAUGCUCUACAGUAGACACAGCGAGGGAAAAUGGAUGAGUUUGACCAGCUGUAUGCAGAUGAACUGGAUGCUCUGGAUGAUUAUGGAGAACCUGAUGAUAUUCAGGUAGCUGCUAAGAAGAGUUUAAAAUUUACAACACCAAAGACCAAGGGCAAAGCUGGAUGUGACGAGUUGAACUCCAGUCUAGUACUGACUCCAGUGGACAGCCCAAGUGGGGCAAGGCUGGACAAAGGACAGAAGAAUGGCAAGCGAAAGGCUGUAGACAUUGAAGAAGGGAGUGAACUCUUCCUGCCUUUGUCAGACAGUGAGCCAGAGGAAGACCCUCUGCCAGACAUCGAGCCUGCCAGAAAGAAAGCAAGGUUUAAUGGACUGUCCUCAAAGAAAGCUGAUGUGAGAAGUGAAACCACUGACAAUGUUUGGCCUGAGGAUGACUUCGAGAUUACACCUCCUCCCUCUCCAGAAAUCUCCAAAAAAAUUUGGAAGACUGACCGAAAUAAGUUCCAGAGCUGGUGUUUGGAGGGGUUGGAGGCAGACAAGGUUGAUAAUGUGGACGAUCGCCCCCGUGUUCAGAGUAGGAUUCCUCGCGGUGAUUUUGUCAGUACUACAGGCAGUGAGGGAAGGCGGGUCUACAUGAGCCUCCAGGAUGAGUUGGACCUGGAGAAAAAGAUUGACAAUGUGGUGACAUCAUGUCGCUCUGCCCAGCUACUGUCCACACCUUAUCAAGUACUGAGAGAUCAGAUCGAGGCAGAGAGACAGCAGAGACUUAUAGACGAAUCCGAGAGAAUAAGUGCAGAAAUCAACAGUGCAGCUGAGGACCUUUUGGGGCCAGUGGUGACAGAGCAGGAGAACGCUCCCCCAGAACAUAGCCUUUGGGUGGAGAAAUAUGCCCCUAGAAAGUACACAGACCUUCUCAGUGAAGAGCUAAUCAACCGCACAUUGCUGCAUUGGAUCAAGCUGUGGGAUGUUGUAGUGUUUGGAAAAGAGCCACCUGCAAAGAAGGAAAAGAAGAAAAAUAAGGAAAAUGUCAAAAAGAAGAAAUUUCAGAUGGAAGUCUCUGAUGAACUUGACAAAUUCAACAGACCAGAGCAAAAGGUUGCUCUGCUGAGUGGCCCUCCAGGAUUAGGGAAGACAACUCUAGCUCAUGUCAUAGCCAGCCAUGCAGGAUACAAUGUAGUGGAGAUGAAUGCCAGUGAUGAUAGAAGUGUAGAAGCUUUUCUGACAAAAAUUGAAGCUGCCACCCAGAUGAAGUCAGUGUUGACCUCUGAUCCCAGACCAAAUUGUUUAAUAAUUGAUGAAAUUGAUGGAGCUCCUCAGCUAUCAGUGUGUCUGAUUCUCCAUACUAAACGACCAGAGGGAAACUCAAAGAAGAAAGAGAAAAGUGUGUUGCUGCGUCCAGUCAUCUGCAUCUGUAAUGACCUGUAUGUACCUGCCUUGCGUCAGCUGAGACAGAUGGCCUGGUGAUGACCUUUCCCCCCACAGAGCCCUCCAGGCCUCAGCACCAGACUGUACGAGGUGAUGAAGGCUGAGUGUAUGAAUACUGACACAAACACACUGCUGGCACUGUGUGAGAAGACAGACAAUGACAUACGCUCCUGUUUGAACACGUUACAGUUUUUAAGACAGCGACACAAGGAGAUCAGUUUAAAGAUAAUCCAAUUGAUGACAGUGGGUCAGAAAGAUGUACAGAAGUCAUUAUUUUCUGUCUGGCAUGAGAUCUUUACUAUACCCAAACCAAAGAGGGCCAGGUUUAAUGUGUUAGCAGGGGAGGGAAUGAAGCUGGAGAAGACCAACACCUUAACAAAUAGGUUUAACAAGGUCCUGGAGACGACCCAAUCAGCAGGAGAGUACGAGAAAAUCACACAGGGGCUCUACGAGAACUACCUGGAGGCCAAGUGCAAAGACCCCAGACUUGAAGCGGUAAACCUGGCGACAGAGUGGCUGUGUUUUGUUGAUGUGAUCAACCACGAUGUACUGAGCUCCCAGAACUACACGUUGUAUCGAUACCUCCCUUAUAUAGCUGUCACUUUUCACCUCUUGUUUGCCUCCAACAACUAUCCAAGAAUACAGUAUCCACACAGCCAAUUUGAAUUCCGGACAAAGCGUAGUCGUAAUGAGAACUUGGUGACGAGCCUGAUGAAUGAGAUGAUGCCUGGUGUGAGGAAGUUUCUGGACCCCACUGUGAUUGUCUUGGAUGUAUUACCUCCCCUGAUGAGCAUAAUCCAGCCCACGCUGAGACCAGUGAACACCCAGCUGUACAGUGCUCGUGAGAAGGCUGACCUGGCUCAGCUGGUCAGCAUCAUGAUAGCCUACAACAUGACCUUCCAUCAGGAGAAACAACCAGAGGGACAUUAUCAGUAUGUUCUAGACCCAAACAUGGAGGAUGUGGUGAGAUUUCCUGGUAUGAAACAGCAUAGACAGCUGACCUAUGCGGCCAAACAGCUUAUAGCAAGGGAGAUUGACACAGAGAAAAUGAGGAGAAGCGAAGCAUCUUACGGAAUCAGCAAUGAGGUGAAAGGAGAUGUCGUGAAUCCAGGCCCUAGGGCAGAGGGUAAAGCCAAGCCGUCAGCCCCAGCCAUACCUAACCACAAGCAGACCCUCCAGCCAGUGGUGAGGGGAGAGGAGAUCGUCAGGCCCGUAAAAGAUUUCUUUGGUCGAGUUGUCCAGAAAACAGUUCCAGAGGCAAAAAAGAAAGAAGAAGAAAAGAAGAAUAUUCUUGCAACAGACAUCUGGUUUCAUUUUCAAGAAGGAUUUUCAAAUGCAGUGAGACGAAAUGUCAGAGUAAAAGACUUCAUCUGAUAGAACAGAGAGAAUUCACUAGUAUCCUGCUAUAUCAGAAAUCAUAUGUAAAUAAUGCAAUUUGGAGUUUUAGUCAUAUUAUUAUGAUAGACCUAAACCACUUUUAUGAGCAGAACGACUUGACCACUGUACAUGCAAGUGUUUUCUCUAACUUUAUCUUAUUCAGGUGUAUGUCAGGCUAAGAUGUUCGUGUCGAAGUUCACUUGUUCAGUUAUACAUAAAGAGGUACUAUUUCAAUACUCACCACUCAGACGCUUUUCAUGCAGAUAUGUAACAGGUGUAAUAGAUAAAUAUAGGUAAAUUUGUACAGUAAUGCUAAGGGAGUGAUAUUUUACUUGUUCAUAACUCCUUUUUCUGUGUUCAUGUGUUUGGUUUAUAAUCAGGCUAAAGUGUUGACUUUUAUACAUUAUGUACAUUAUUAUCAGCUUUGCUGUAAUUUGUAAUAUACCAGACUUACCUUUACUGUAACCAUUACGUCAAACACUUUCCAGGUUGGAUCCCAUAACUUGUAAUAAACAAUGACGACAGGUUCUUGUUUGUUAUGUUUUACCUGAGAAGCUUCGCUCUUAGGUUUGGCUGGUUUUCCAUACAGUCUAUGCCUGGAGGGCGUUUUUUCAUUAAAAUAUUAUCAUUCAUUACACGAUUCCCAAUAAUGCCUAGUCUGUUGGCUGAUUACGGUUGUCUGUUCCACAGCCAUUUGUCAACGCU